GAAAACCUUACUCAUUCUCUGUCUGGAUAUCAUAUUUCUGACUGAAACAAUUCGCCAAUAUGAUUUUUAAGCAAUCUCUUCUGAUGUUCCUUUUCUUUGGAAUGAUUUCUCUAUCAAUUUGCAGACCAGGCAAUGAUGAAUCUGAUGAGGAAAACGAAGAGGAACGUGGUGCUGAAGACGAAAAUGAAGAGGAAGGUGACCAGGAGGAGGAAGAGGAAUAUAAAGACAACGGGGGCGAUGAGGAGGAAUAUACAAAGAAAAAGAGAUUGGUGGGGGAACUUUUGAAACAAAUCGGCAUAUGA